UCCUCUCGAAGGUCUCCGGCUCUGUGUUGCUGCACCAGCCGCGCGCUAUGAUAGGCUCAAUUCAUCCGCGGUCAGCAUCAGCUUUAAUGACGCUGAAAGGAGUCGGCUGUCCCAUUUCUCCGGUUUGUGCUCGUUCUCGCCAUUCCUCCGGCUCCUCUCCUCGAUUCCUCUGCGAUUUUACGGGGUAGGAAAGCAGCAGUAGGAAGGGAUGGGAAGGACAGGAGCAGCUGAAACGCUUCUGGGCGCAGUCUGAGCCCCGCAGCUGACAACAGCAGCCGUGUGGCGGGGAGGAGUCCAAACUCCUCCAUGCGCUUCCAGGUCGAAGAAGUAGCCGGCUGAGGAUGGGCAAUUUUACAUCCAGUGGGGGGCUGUCAAGCACAGAGUCUGCCCAGUUUGUACAGGAUGUCGUGGCCCAUAACUGUGUUGUGAUAUUCUCCAAGACAACAUGCCCGUAUUGCAAGAUGGCCAAGAAUGUCUUUAAUGAGAUAGGAGCCACUUACAAGGUGAUCGAACUGGAUGAACACAAUCAUGGCAGACAGCUUCAAGAGGCCCUGGCGCAAAUGACUGGCGCCAGAACGGUACCAAGAGUUUUUAUCAACGGUCAGUGCAUCGGAGGAGGCUCUGACACACGGCAGCUCCACCAACAAGGGAAACUGUUACCUCUGAUUGAGAAGUGUAGCCCGUGCUGCUUGAACAGCGGUCCAGAGGGAUCAGGGAGUGGACAAAAUGCCUCCAGUCAGUCUUAACCAACAUAUACAUUGACCCAUUUUUGCACUAUUGCCAUCUUUUCAGAGCCACUAGAUUUUUAGGAGUAUAGAUGAUGAACAGCUGAGAAGAGUAGUGCCAACAGACACUUGCAGUUACCAAAUCAUAUUGUUUUUUGGGUUUUGUCAAAUUGAUUUGACUUGGAACUGGAGUUGUAUUUGCUGCAAAUCAUUUAUUUCCCUGCAAAUCUACUGCAGUGUAAAUACUGUCAAAGUCUUUGUAGGUAUAGGUGAUUUUUUUUUUUUUUUUUUUGGUUGUAUUUUAGUUUUAAAAUGAUCUAAGUUAUCCUACCUCAGUGUUAAAUUGUAUUGUAUUUAAAUUAAAGUCUUGUAUGUUCAA